ACUCACUGCUCGCUCGCGACUGCAACACUUUUGUCACUCUUCUUCCUCUUCCUCGCCUUCCAAGGCAAGGCCUGGCUUGCUAUAAAGCGGCCAUAAACCCCACGGCCGAGCGGACGCCGCCUCCACUCCACUCCACUCCACUCCUCUCCUCUCCUCUCCUCGGUUCGGAGUCUACUUUGAUGCUCGGCAUGCUGCUGCUUCUCCUGCUCCUGCUCCGAUAGUGGUAGUGGUAGUGGUAGUGGUACUGGUACUGGUACUGGUACUGUUAGAGUGGGGCGGCUCCCUCCUCCCUGGCUAGCUACUGAUCUAGACGACUCUAGUGCGCGCGCAACAACGCCGAGCCCAUCCCAGCGAGGUAAAGACACACAGCAGUCACCAACCGCUCCAAGACAAGAUCGACCGAGAAGUGAGAUCUCACCCACAGCACAACAAGAGAAAGCCCGCCAUGUAUGCCGACGCCGGCUUCGGCUUCGCCGCCGCCUACUCUCCGGCCCCGCUCCUCUCUUCUUCACAGCCCCCACCCCUCGACUUCUCCUUCCCCUCCGCGCUACCCGCCCCUCCUCUGCUCUCCGACGCCUGCAUCUCCAUCUACAUGGACGACAACUACGCCGCCAUGCCGCUCAUCGCCGACACGUCGGAGAUCACCGCCGCCCACCUGGGAAACAUGGUGCAUCCAUCCUUGGUAUCAGAAUAUGACCUUGGAGGAGAAGGGGACCUGUUCAAAGCUCCAGAACCCAUCAUCCAGGAAUGGUUGCUUAGCCUUGAUCCAGUUGCAGCUGCCAUUUCAAUGAUGUCUGGUAGCGAAAGUGCAAUGGAUGAAACUAUCGAGACUGCAGGCAUUGGCACCAUUCAAAAUGGUCCUCUUCUAAGUGAAGUGUUAUAUGAGUGCGAGAAGGAACUCAUGGAGAAAUCUGCAAUCGAAGAGACAAUUUCUGAACUGCUAGAUGUUAAGAUUCCCAUGCUGCAAGUCGAAGAUAUACAGGUCGAACUCCCGACCAUGGACAAAGAGAAAUCAUCCAUUCCUGAAUGCUCACUCCAGAAAAGUGUUAGUUCUGGAUGCCUGAACUCAUCAGAUUGGAUCAGUGGACCUGUCAGGCCAAACUUUCUGGACUUCCAAGAGCUGGACUUUGAGGCAGCAUUUGGGUUGAGGAGAACUUACAGUGAAGGAGACAUUCAGAGUCUUGGAGCCAACACCCCUCGACCAGCGAAUGCAGCAAAUGUUCAGACAUCUUGUGAGAGGCUUGUGACCAUCAGUGACCUGAAGACCGAAGAAAGACAGCAAAAGCUUUCGAGGUACAGAAAGAAGAAGAUCAAGCGAGACUUUGGUAGGAAGAUCAAGUAUGCUUGCAGGAAAGCUCUAGCAGACAGCCAGCCAAGAGUGCGAGGGAGAUUUGCCAAGAUUGAAGAAUGCGUCCUGCUGAAGCCAAGGAAGUAGAUGGCAAAGUGGCAAAGCUUGCAAGGAAUCCACUCGAGGGCUUGACGGAGCUUCGGCUUCUGGAGAUCAAGGUGCACUGCACCACCUUCGGCGACGGAGGUGGAGAGGCACUGUGUUGCCCGUCGGAAUUAAUUUAGUUGUUGAACCAAUCUCCUCCCUCCGGGCUGCAUUCUAUUUCCCCUGCCCUGUGUAAUAAUAUCGUUCGCCGCGAGGGAGUGAAGAGCUGAAGUCUCCUGUACAAAGGCUUGAAGAUGACAAUAAAAUUCAGCUCCCUUCUUGUUUGGCAUG